UUGAUCUCCCUACUACUUGUAAUUAAAAAACAACUUCCAUACAUUGAAACCUUUCCAGCAAGUAUGUAUCCUGUUAUUCUCUUCUCCAUUUUCAACUUCACACAUUGUCGUCGCAUCCGUCACGUCAUCUUGCACUAAAAUAUUAUAUAAACACCACUUUGUGUUCCAUAUAAUUCGCGAAUUAGACGUUACAAUUGAACAUCCUUAUUGCACGAUUACCUAUGGACCUGGACACUUUGUUACUUUGCAACGUAUUGAUUAAAAACGGAUCAUCUAUCUUCGGGAGUGUGACAGGGAUAGCUACCUUAAUCCGCCCUUGCAUAAUUCAUGGUUUGAUCUGCCCAUGUCGUUCCUAUGACCGCAACCCCAUGUUUUAUGAGUGAAGGUGCGAAUGAAAAGGGGAAGAAUCUUUGUACUAGAUUAUGAACGUGCCUUGAUAAUUACAGUGGCGUCAUGUCACUGAAUAUCUUCGAAACGUUUUUGACGUUUUUGCAAUAGCUACGCUGUACAUCAAAAUCCAAGAUGUUAGUUUACCGACAAUCGUCAUGGACACCAGAUCGUACACGGAUUUCUCUAUCGUUUCAGCGAAGUUUAUAACAAAGUACACAGGAAUAUGGCUACCACAAAAUGUGACUGAAGAACGGCAAAGGAAGAUAUCAGCGACGUAUACCGCCGGUGCACUUUUGUAUGGGAUAUACCUGCAUGUGGUAGAUAUUUACAACUCGUGGGGCGAUGCAACUCGUUGCAUGUAUCUGACAAUGAACAUGAUGUGUAUCGGUAUGUCAACAAUUAAGAUGCUCAUCCUAAACUUUAAUAGAGCUAAGUUGACAGACGCUUUUUUCUACGCGGAACGGCACUUCUGGCAUUGCAAGUAUACUCCCGAGGAACGACUGAUUUUUGCUGUAUCUGUAAAAUAUUGCACACGGUAUGCGAUCUUCGCAAUCGCUUUUCUACAUCUCAGUUUGUCCGGAUAUGUGGUCACACCUAUUGUUGAAAACCUUGGACGAAAUAAAUCGGACAGAGUACUUCCAUUCAAGAUGUGGGUCGACUGGCCCUUAUCUGAGACACCGUAUUUCGAACUAAUGUUUACUUUUCAGGUGAUCUCCGCAUACGUAAUUGGCAUCUCGUACAUUUCCCCUGAAAUGUUUUUAUGCGUCUUUAAUCUGCACGUAAUGGGUCAAUUUCGCAUACUACAAUACAGAAUAUUGAAUUUCUGGAAUGUCGAAAGCAAAGAGAUGAACGCAAUCAUGUACACCGAUCAUUGUUAUGCAGCUCUCAAGAAGUGCGUACAACAUCAUCAAUUAAUUAUUGAAUUCUGCAUGAAGCUCGAACAAAUAUAUACCAUGACGAUUUUUGUGCACGUGGCAAUUUUAAGUCUGUUAAUGGGAUUGGAUUGCUACGAAAUAAUUGUGGCAGACACAAGUAGGUCCAUGCUUCUCACUUUCGUAUUCCACGUAAUUGGCAGCCUGAUUCACCUUUGUUUCCUUACGUACACUUGCCAUUUUAUGAUAGAAGAAAGCACCAACAUUACUACAACGGUAUAUUCCGGAUUGUGGUGCACUUUGCCAAUGAACAAAGUUGGCAGAUCAAUACGAUCAGAUAUGAAAUUUAUUAUGAUAAGAUCGUUGAAACCGUGCUGUCUGACGGCUGGUGGAUUUUUUCCUGUGUCUUUGGAGACUUUUACUGCGCUUUUAAGUUCUACAUUUUCCUACUUUACCUUGAUGAGGGAGUCGAUGAUGAGAACCGAGGGCGAAUAGUAUAUAACAGAUUAAUAUGUAUUGACAGCGACUCUAGAAAUAUAUAAAAGUGUA